AUAAACUGCUUCUGAUAUGCUGUGGUUCGGUUUGGGUUUAUAUUUACACCCCAUUCUAACCUCUGGUGAUGGGAUAUGAUGAUGAAAUGGCAUGUUGCACAAAAAGGCAGUAACGAGAGAAUGUCUACAAGAAGGAGGACCUUUGCAAGAAGGUUGCAUGGAAGGAAACUGAAAUCUGAGAACGAAGUUGCUGUUUCCUGUAUAUCUUUGUAUUUUCACUUUCGUUUUUUCUUUGCUGAGAAGAGCGGGCUUUUUUACGGAUGUGCUAGGGCUUGCAACUGGCAGCAAAGCACAGCACCAAGCAGGGAAAGAUAACCCAAAUCUGGUUUUAAAAGACCAAAGAAGAAAAAUAUACAGUAGGGCCCCACUUAUACGGCGGGUUAGGGACCAGGCCCUCGCCAUAAAGUGGAAAUCGCCAUAAAGCAGAACCCGUUGACUAUAAUGGGCCACGUCGCGCAAAAGUGAUGCGAAAAUGUCGCAAAAUGCCAUAAAAUCGCAAAAUUGGCAUUAAAAUGGGGAAUUUCCCCGAAUUGAAAGCCGCCGCAUCAGUGGAACGCCACAAAACGGAACGCCGAUUAAAGAUGGCGCAAUCCCGUUUGACCAAAGAGGAGAAGAAGGUGUUGCUGGAUGUUUUGGGAUGCAAAUAUCUAAGCCUUCUCUAUAAGGGAAGUAUCCAUGACUAUAAUCCUCUCACAUUUCAUAACAUAUGCAACAAUCAGGGGCCAACUGUAGUUGUGGGAUACAAUGCAAGUGGCUAUAUCUUUGGAGGCUUUACUAGUCAGAGUUACCGUUCGUCUGAAACGCUUCUAUAUGAUGAGAAAGCUUUCCUCUUCAGAUUGAAAGGGAAAGAAAAGGAGCUCAGCCCACUAAAAAUCCCAGUCAAGGUAGCCAAUGAGGCUGUAUUUGACAGCAGCGAAUAUGGUCCUACGUUUGGAAAUGCAGUACUUGUAUUCCUGGCGCAAAACAUAGCUCAGGUUGCCACAAAUGUUAACACUGCCACUUACACGUUCCAUGGAAAAGAAUUACAUGGAAAUGAUAAAGCGCUUUUGGAGUGUGAAGUGUAUCGAGUUGAAGAUGUUGGUAGGAUUUUGGCAGUUCCAUGGAGGGAGACGAAGUGGGCAGCUGCGGACAGAGAAGAAAUUAUGAAACAAAUAAGAGCUUACAAGCCUUUAUUGGAUACUGUGCCACAGAUUCGGGUUCUGUUCCUUGGGCCAGUUGGAGCAGGCAAGUCCAGCUUUUUCAACUCUGUGAAUUCGACUUUUCGGGGCUAUGUGUCAAGUCAAGCUGCAUCAGGAUCAGAUUCCACAAGUCUGACAAAGCAGUAUAGGACCUAUCGAAUUAAAAAUGGAAGAUGUGGAGACCCACUGCCAAUCAUUUUCUGUGACACCAUGGGACUAGAAGAAAAACAAGGAGCUGGUCUGGACAUUGAUGAAGUGCACAACUUAUUGCAAGGCCAUGUUCCUGAUCAGUACCAGUUUACUCCGUAUGCUGCUAUGAACCCAAAAGUUCAAGGCUGUAUCAGGAAUCCCACUCUGAAAGACCAGAUUCAUUGUGUUGCAUUCAUUAUUGAUGGGUCCAAGGUUGAGAUCCUCCCUGAAAAGCUGGAAGAAAAGCUGAAAGAAAUUCGGCGAAAGGCUAAUAACUUAGGUGUACCACAGAUUGUUAUACUAACUAAAGUGGAUGAAAUCUGCCCUGCUGUUGAGGAAGAUAUGUCAUGUGUAUAUAAAAGCAAGGCUGUUCAGAAACAGAUGCGGUUAAUUGAAGCAAAACUCGGCAUCCCUUUGUCUCAAGUAGUUCCUGUUAAAAACUAUUCCUCAGAGCUGGAGCUUAAGGAUGAUGUUGAUAUCUUGAUUCUCAUGGCUGUGAGGCAGAUGCUGCGUCUAGCUGAAUCCUACUUUGACAACUUUGACAGUGUCCCUUCAGACAAAAAUUCCAGGAAGGAUUACUACUCUGAGUAUUGAUAUGUUUAUUGAAGUGGGCCACAAUAUGUUACCAAGGUCACAGGGCAUGGCCUGGAAUAGUGCGGAGCUGAAUUCUGACCCCUACUUUUAUAAACAACUUUGCUCUCUCAAUAUGAGGCUGGUUUUUUUUCUGUCUCAUUUGCAAAAGGAAGAAAUUUGCUGAAGAGUCAAGGAGGGGUUGGGAUGAUGCUUACCAUGGGGUUGCCAGUAGGGAUGUGGGAGGAAUUUGAUUCUGUUUGCAUUUAAAGGCGAACCUACCUGAUUCGUACAUGCUCUGGUAACCUUGCGACUGGAUUACUGCAAUGCGCCCUACGUAGGGCUGCCUUUGAAGACAGUUCGGAAGCUACAGCUUGUCCAAAAUGCGGCGGCCAGAUUAAUAACGGGGACCAGGCGGUGAUUCCUUGUUUUUACAUAUGUUUAUGCUGUAUUUAUUAUGAGAUUUUGAGAUGUUUUUGUAUUUUUAUAUUCUAUUGUACACCGCCCAGAGAGCUAAUGCUAGUCGGGCGGUAUAAAAAUCUAAUAAAAUAAAUAAAUAAAUAAUUCACACUUUCUAAGACAAUACACAAACAAUACACAUUGAGGUUACACCCUGCAAAACUAAAAGAGGCUUUCUCCAGCUUAAAAAGGCCUCAAAGCCUAUUUAAAACACACACACACCCUUGAAAUAGCAUAGUGGAUCAUCAAGAGUGCACCGACUGAUGGUGUGUAGACAAUCAUAGUAUCCAGCCAAUAUAAAAGCAAAUUUAGGCCAAUUUACACCUGGAGUGACCUGGUAGCUAUUUCUGUGGUUCUUCCUCAUAUCUGGGUGAUGUCAUGGUGGGCUUUAUCUAUUGUUAGCCCUAUUCAUUGAAAAUAAUCAGCAUGACUACAUGUGGCCCAUUGGUUCUAUCUUGAAUAUACCUUAGUUGUCUAACAACUAUGAGUGUCUCUGUUGUGAUCAGUAUAUUUUGUGAAGAAUAGGUCUAGACAAAUUUGGAGGGUGAAAUUUUUCAGUCUAGUAAAGGGAUUUUUUUUUUGGAGGGGUGGCCAUUGAAUCCUUGCCAUUUCACACCUCCCCAUCUGUUCACUGCCCAUCUCAACAGAUUGUACUUGGGCAUAGUCUAUUUUAAGAAAAGGUUUUUCUAGUUGGCUCCAUGGUCAAGCCAAUCAAGGGUCAUGACACCAGUGUAACCAAUCAGACUUGGUUACAUGAAGGCCUAUUUUUUUCUUGAAAUAUCUUCUCCCAAGUGUGGGCUUUGGACUCUCUCACUUCUUUCCUCCCAGACAUGUAUGUAGCAGAAUAAAGUGGCUGGUUCUUAAGCAAAUAAAAAACCACCGGGCAGCUUCAUUCCUUCAAAGGAUAAAUAGUGUAGGUUAUUGCUGCCUCCCCCCCCCCGGGCUGGGGCUAACUGGGGCGAAUGUCUUCCACCAUUUUGCGCUGCUUGGGAGUUUGUAGGUCAGACUUCUGAAUUUGCACCACAGUCGACUUUUUCCUUCCCAUGAAUGGUCUUGAAAUGAUACUGUUUUGUAAGCUGUUCAUAGCUGUCUGUUACAUUGAAAGAAUGUGGGGGGGGGCAACUAUGCUUUUCCUCUGGGCCCUGCACAUGCUAAGGGCGGGCCUGUGUAUAAGGUUAAUGUAUGAGAAAAAUAUAUAAGAGAAUUAAAGGCAGAAAGCUAUGGUUAACUACAGUUUCAUUGUUCUCACUUCUGGGUUUCUUAGAACAAAUGUUAAUGGAUUCACAUGCCAUUAUUCAUCAAGUGAGCUAAUUUUUGUUUUGUUUUGUUUCUUAACACUAUAUAAUUAUUUGAGAUUGUUACAGUAUACCAGAAUGGUCAAUUUAGGCAUUCUUGGGGAAGGGCCCCUGCUCGAUGUAAGAGGCAGUCUGAUAUUAAUAAAGC